AUGGACGUUGACAUUCAAGUUGAAGGAGAAGAGUGCCAACGAACUCAAAACCGAGGGAAGGCCAUUGCAGUUGAUGCAACUUCUGGUGUCUCUUCUCAGUCAAAGAAGGUGAUGAAACUCGUUGUCCCAAGAAAGGUAAACCUCUACAAGCCACACUCGAGAAGGACUACCACCAGAGACAUCGUUGAGAUGUAUGUGAGGAAGAAAGCAGCUUUGAAAAACAUGCUUCGCACAACCAAACAAAGAGUGUCACUUACAACUGACAUUUGGGUUUCACAGGUCACAGGUGCAAGUUACAUGGUGAUAACUGCCCACUUCGUGGACGCAACUUGGCAGCUGAAGAAGCUUAUCAUAGGCUUGAAGUAUGUGAUGGACCACAAGGGUCAGACAAUCGCAACUGUGCUCUUGGAGUGUCUAGCUGAAUGGGGCAUUGAGAAGGUAUUUUGCAUUACAGUAGACAAUGUAAUUGCUAAUACUUCUGCCAUUAGGAGAUUCCAUAGGGAUUUUAGUGCUGUUUCCCCUGAGUCUUUAGUUCUAGAUGGGCGUUUCUUGCACAUGAGGUGUUGUGCUCACAUCAUCAAUUUAAUUCCUAAGGAGGGUUUGACCGAGGUAGGAGAAAAUGUGUUAGCCAUUAGGAACGCUAUUCAGUAUGUUCGCUCUUCAACACAUAGGCUUAAUGCAUUUGAUCUUAGAGUCACAACUGGGAGAAUGAGUCGAGGUAGCUUACCUAUGGAUAUUAAGACUAGAUGGAAUUCAACCUUCCUAAUUCUGUCUAGGGCUCUUCAGUUUAGAACUGCAUUUGAUAGGAUGGAGGCAGAAGAUAGGUUGUAUAAUGAUUACUUUUUGGAGAUGGAAAAUGGAGUUAAGAGGUGUGGACCACCUUCUUUGAGAGACUGGAGUGCUGUUGAGAAGCUCAAGAGGUUUCUGAUAAUCUUUUACAACAGCACUCUGGUUGUUUCUGCCCCUACGACGGUGAAUUCUUACAAGUGCUAUGGUAAGAUAGUGACCAUAGAAAGAAACCUCACUGCACUGGCCAACAGCUUCGAUCCUGAGUUGAAGGUGAAAGCGCCGGAGAUGUUGCAGAAGUUUCUCAAGUACUGGGAUGGUAUCAAGAGUGUCAACAGGAUGCUGAUCUUGGCCACGGUUUUCGAUCCAACGAAGAAGAUGCAAUUUGCAAAUCUGUGCUUUGAGAAGCUCUAUGAGAAGGAGAGCUUAGAGUCUAAAGCAAUGCUGGAAUCUGUUGGUGAUCUUCUCAGGACUAUGUUCAAGGAGUACAACACAAGAUUCAGAGGGUCUACUGGAGAAGCCUCUCAGUCAAAUCACGCAUCAUCAUCUCAGGCUCCUCCAGAGUCGCAAGAUCAAGGCACAGAUAGAAUGGAGCUGGUGGUUGAAGAUUUCGGUUAUGAGCGGAUGGAUUGUGUGUACAAGGAGAUGGUUGCGUGGCAUCCGAAAAGUUUCAAGCACAAACGCUUGAUGAUUGAAGCUUCAAGGUCGAAGCAUGAAGUGGAAGAAGGCGGGUGA